AAGCACCUCCUGCUUUUCCCUGUAUGGUUGCAGAUAGGGGACUUGCAUGAUUGCCAGACCUGGACGCUGAUUGGGCAGAGCCAGUCACCUGAUUCCAGAACCAGGAAGUGACUGGUAAAACGUAAAGGUCUGCAUGUGGGAGGGCCCGGUAGCACCUCAUACAGUGACAGCAGCACGUCCUCAGCCUGAGCCUGAUCUCACAGCUUCUACUGAGCAGCAUGGAGGACGCAGGUGUCAAUUGCAUUGGGAUGGAUGACGACAUGGCUGGCAGUAAGGAGGUGCUGGUUCCAGAACUGCACAAGUUGUUGGAGCAGGACCCUUAUCUCAAGUCCUUCAAGAUGGACUUCAAGAGGAGGUAUGCUCUGUUCGAUCAGCGCUUGAAGAACAUUGAAGGAUGUGAAGGUGGUCUGGAAAAGUUUUCAAGAAGUUAUCAGUCAUUUGGCAUCCACACCCUGCCAAACGGUGACAUAUAUUGCAAAGAAUGGGCUCCGGGAGCGGAGGCAGUGUUCCUUACUGGCGAAUUCAAUAACUGGAACCCCACUUCCCAUCCAUAUAUAAAGCUGGAUUUUGGGAAAUGGGAAAUAAACAUUCCACCAAAAGAAGAUAAUUCUCCAACCAUACACCACGGUUCAAAGUUAAAGGUAGUAAUCAAAAGCAAAUCUGGAGAGCUUCUUUACCGUAUUUCACCGUGGGCGAAGUAUGUGGUUCAGGAAGAGAAAAGGGUUGUGUAUGACUGGAUUCACUGGGAACCAGCUCAGCCUUACAAGCACAAACAUGAGCGCCCAAGAAAGCCAAAGAGCAUCCGCAUUUAUGAAUCUCAUGUUGGAAUUGCAUCGCCAGAAGGAAAAAUAGCAUCCUAUAAAAAUUUCACAGAUAACGUGCUGCCAAAGAUAAAAGAGCUCGGGUAUAACUGCAUACAGAUGAUGGCUAUCAUGGAACAUGCAUAUUAUGCAAGCUUUGGUUAUCAAAUCACCAGUUUCUUUGCUGCAUCAAGUCGCUUUGGAACUCCAGAUGAGUUAAAGGAACUGAUUGAUGUCGCCCAUUCUAUGGGAAUCCAGGUUUUACUUGAUGUUGUACACAGCCAUGCAUCAAAGAACAGUGAAGAUGGUCUCAACCAGUUUGAUGGCACAAACUCCUGCUUUUUCCAUGAUGGACCUAGAGGCAAUCAUGAUCUAUGGGACAGCAGGCUGUUUGACUACUCAAAUUGGGAGGUGUUAAGAUUUCUGUUAUCAAAUUUACGGUGGUGGAUUGAAGAAUAUGGAUUUGAUGGUUUCCGCUUUGACGGUAUUACAUCUAUGCUUUACCACCACCAUGGGAUUGGGUGCGGAUUCAGUGGUGACUAUAACGAAUAUUUUGGCUUACACGUGGAUGAAGAUUCGCUUGUCUACCUCAUGCUGGCAAAUCAUAUGAUUCAUUCUUUGUAUCCAGACUGCAUUAGCGUGGCGGAGGAUGUUUCUGGGAUGCCGGCUCUCUGCUGCCCUACGUCAUACGGCGGCGUUGGAUUUGAUUACCGGCUAGCGAUGGCUGUGCCCGAUAAGUGGAUUGAGAUCUUGAAAGAGCUGAAAGAUGAAGAUUGGAAUAUGGGAAAUAUAGUGCAUACUCUUACAAAUAGAAGAUUUAAUGAAAAGUACAUUGCCUAUGCAGAAAGUCAUGACCAAGCACUCGUUGGAGACAAAACAUUGGCAUUUUGGUUAAUGGAUGCAGAGAUGUAUUCAAAUAUGAGUGUGACGUCUCCCCUAACUUCUGUCAUUGACCGUGGAAUUCAGCUUCACAAAAUGAUCCGUCUGAUAACGCACGCUCUCGGAGGUGAAGGAUAUCUCAAUUUUAUUGGCAAUGAAUUUGGGCAUCCAGAAUGGUUGGAUUUUCCAAGGAAAGGAAAUAAUGAGAGCUACCAUUAUGCCAGGAGACAGUUUCAUUUAGUUGAUGACCAUAAUCUACGCUACAGAUAUCUUUACGCAUUUGACCGAGACAUGAAUAAAUUAGAAGAAAGGUUUGGCUGGCUUUCAUCACCUCCGGCCUACAUCAGUGCAAAGCAUGAAGGUGACAAGCUUGUUGCAUUUGAGCGCGCAAAUCUUCUUUUCAUCUUUAAUUUUCAUCCUUACAACAGCUUCACUGGAUACAGAGUAGCUGUAAACUCACCUGGAAAGUAUAUGAUCAUAUUGGAUACUGAUUCCGCAGAAUUUGGAGGACAUCAAAGGCUCGAACACAGAACAGAAUUCUUUACUGAGAAUGUCCCUUUUAAUAAUCGUCCAUAUUCAAUUUUGGUUUACAUUCCAUGCAGAGUGGCACUUAUCCUUCAUAAUGUUGAAAGCUACUAAGAACUGAGGCUGCGUCGUUACCUAAACUGUCGGAGCGCAAGUUGUCUUGAAGUAGAACAAUUGUCACGCUACACGGUGUCACAGCAUAUAGUAUGCUCAAGGUUACUUUACAAUACUAAAAUGAAUAAAGAAGCUGCAACACUAACACACAGUAUCCCCGAUUCAUAUACACACAUAGAGCAUAGAGGUUAAUUAGUCGCCUGCCAGUUGCAAAUGCUUAGCAAUACACAUUUGUACAAUACAUGUAUAACAAGUACUAGAUGUGUCAUUUGUAAUGGAAAUUCAAAUAAUUAGGAGUCACAUUUUCACAUUCUUUGCGGUACAAAUCAUUGGGAUUUUUUUUUAAAGUGCUUAGUCAUGUUCAUUUAAUAUGCUGUUCGCUUUAAAGCGACAGGUGUCUAACGGACAUCCACCCUUUAACAUUUCAAUUUAAAGUAUAUUUUUUUAAAGAGAAAUGUGCUGUAACUAAGGACCAGAUUUAUCAAGGCUUGGAGAGUGAUAAAUGUCACGGUGAUAAAGUACCAACCAAUCAGCUCAUACCUGUCAUUGUUCAAACACAGCCUAUAACAUGACAGUUAUGAGCGGAUUGGUUAGUACUUUAUCACAAUGCAAUUUAUCACUCUCUAAUGCUUGAUAAAUCUGGGCCUAAAUCAGUUUGCAGUUAUUAAAUGAAUUUGCACUAAACUGAUUAACGGGUUACUGUCCAUUAAAGACAUUUACACUGUCCUUUAAAACUAUUUUGUAUUUGUUUUACACUUUGUGCUGUAAGGCCAUAUUGUUAAAUGCAUUUUGCAACUUGAUCAUUAGGAAGAUUGCUUGACCUAAAAAGCAUGCCUUACAGUCAAUAUGCCGACAGCAUUAUAUUGAUGGGAGAUUACCGACACUGCUGUAAUGUCAUUUAAAGCAUUAUAACGUUGCUGGCAUCAUAACUUUAAACAUGAUGCUUUAUGAUCAUGUCUAAAGUUAUAAUGCCGACACAGGUGCAAUGCUUUAAAUCACAUUCCAAAAUUGUUGGUAUUCUCUAGUCGAUAUAAUGCUGUCAACAUAUUGACCGUCUUCAGCAUCCACAUCAACCAAACGUAUUCAUGUAUCUCUUCUCAUUAUUGUAAUGUUUAAGAGGGUGUUGUGCAAAAAAUUGUACUUAACAAUUGCUGGACCGAACAUGUUUUGACUCAACUUCUCCGGAAGGUCUUAAACCAGUGUAUCCCGAAUCCACUCCUCAAGGCUUUACGUCAGUGCAUCUCAAAGCAUCACACAUUUAGUCAUUAGUGACACACACCUGAAGAUCUUUUAAAAUGUCAGUCCUUACAUUGAAUACAGUAUAUCUGUGCUUCAUCCAGGAGAUAUGUAGAACAUGUACUGUUAUGGGUCCUGAGAUCAGGAAACACUGCCUUACUGCGUUGGCUUAUUUUGUACUAGUGGGUCUAUGUACUAAACCUUGGAGCGAGAUAAAGUACCAGCCAACCAGCUCCUGUCAUUUUUUCAAAACCAGCCUGUAACAUGGCAGUUGGGAGAUGAUUGGCUGUACUUUAUCUCCAUACACUUUAUCACGCUCUAAGGGUUACUACAUAGACCCUUAUGUCACAAAAUAAAUAUUUUAUAACUGGUUGGGUACAAAAUCCCAGCCGUCAUAAUCCUGAUGGUCAGGAUGCCGACAGCGGCAUUCCCACAGUCAAAAUCCCUACGGAUCCUGGUAAGUAUUUUAACCCUAACCCACCCUUCACGCAGCAUAACCCUAACCGUCCCCUCCCGCUGCCUAACCCUAAUAUCCCCUCCUGCAGCCUAACCCUAACUGUUCCCUCCUGCAGCCUAACCCUAACUGUUCCCUCCUGCAGCCUAACCCUAACCGUCCCCUCCUGCAGCCUAACCCUAAUAUCCCCUCCUGCAGCCUAACCCUAACUGUUCCCUCCUGCAGCCUAACCCUAACAUCCCCUUCUGCAGUCUAACCUUAGCCUCCCCUCCUGCAGCCUAACCGUCCCCUCCUGCAGCCUAACCCUAAUAUCCCCUCCUGCAGCCUAACCCUAACUGUUCCCUCCUGCAGCCUAACCCUAACAUCCCCUUCUGCAGUCUAACCCUAACCGUCCCCUCCCGCAGCCUAACCCUAACCGUCCCCUCCUGCAGCCUAACCCUAACCGUCCCCUCCCGCAGCCUAACCCUAACCGUCCCCCCCGCAGCCUAACCCUAACCGUCCCCUCCCACAGCCUAACCCUAACCGUCCCCUCCUGCAGCCUAACCCUAACCGUCCCCUCCCGCAGCCUAACCCUAAUAUCCCCUCCUGCAGUCUUACCCUAACUGUUCCCUCCUGCAGCCUAACCCUAACAUCCCCUUCUGCAGUCUAACCUUAACCUCCCCUCCUGCAGCCUAACCCUAACCGUCCUCUCCCGCAGCCUAACCCUAACCGUCCCCUCCCGCAGCCUAACCCUAACCGUCCCCUCCUGCAGCCUAACCCUAACCGUCCCCUCCUGCAGCCUAACCCUAACCGUCCCCUCCUGCAGCCUAACCCUAAUAUCCCCUCCUGCAGCCUAACCCUAACUGUUCCCUCCUGCAGCCUAACCCUAACAUCCCCUUCUGCAGACUAACAGUAACUGUCCCCUCCCGCAGCCUAACCGUAACUGUCCCCUCCUGCAGCCUAACUCUAUCCGUCCCCUCCUGCAGUCUAACCCUAACCAUCCACUCCCGCAGCCUAACCCUAACCGUCACGUCCUGCAGUUUAACCCUAACCAUCCCCUCCCGCAACCUAACCCUAACUGUCCACUCCUACAGCCUAACCCUAACUGUCCACUCCUGCAGCCUAAAGGCCCGUACACACUGGUCGAUAUAUCGGCCGUUCUCUUGAACGGCCGAUAUAUCGCGGGACCGUCGGCCAGUGUAUACGGCCGAUACGUCUGUGAACUCCGUCGUUCACAGACGUAUCGCGUCGGCCGCGCAGCACAGCCGACGGCCAAUAUUUCUACCGAUUUAUUGGCGCGUCGCUGUGUGUGUACGGGGUGGUCGGCCGACCGCCCGUACACAUGCUGCGGCGGCUGGCGGUGAUUGACAGCUGAACUGGGCGGGCAUGUGUAAUCGCCCGCCCAGUUCAUGACGUCAGUCUCCGACGGAUCGAGCAGUGUGUGUGCUGAACACACUGCUCGAUCCGUCCAUAGAUAUAUCUGCAGAUCAAUUGAUUUGCAGAUAUAUCUAUUAGUGUGUACCCACCUUUACCCUAACUGUCCGCUCCUGCAGCCUAACCCUAACUGUCCACUCCUGCAGCCUAACUCUAACCACCCCCUCCUGCAGUCAAACCUUUACCGUGCCCUCCCGCAGCCUAACCCUAACCCUCUCCCUAGUGCCUAACCCUAAUCCAGUACUUACCGCCUGGAUCUGUCUGGAUUCUGACUGAUGAGCCGGUAUAUUCUACCAAUGAAGACAGGAAGCCAGCACACAUCACAAAAUUGAUAUAACACAAUAAGUAAUUAUUACAAUUUCAAGUUUUUUGAAGGAGAAAGUUUUGGGGGUUUUUUUUUUCUUGUUUUUAUUUAAAAUUUGUUGAACUGGAAUGUAUUUGGUUUAGGUGCAAUCAUACUAUAUUAUUUGUGUUUAUUUUUAUAGCACUUGCUUUAGUGUUAUGCUACUUAGAAAAGCAAUUUGUAUUAGAAUUUGAAAUCAAGUAUUAUGUUUGUAAUGAAAAUAACAUUUUUCCUUUAGAUGGUAUUUCUGACUUAUUUAUUAAUUUUCCUAGAACAGUUUUUUUAUUUUCCAUGGAACAUAGUUAUAUAUCUUUCUUACUGCAAUCUUCUCAAAUAAAAUGCAAUAAGCUGCUUUUGAGGACCAUGGUCCAUACUGACUUACUGAUUCUAACAUCUUUGUUACAAGUUUUCCGUACUUUCAAAAUCAAUGUUAUUCGGAAUUAUUGUACAUACUGUGUGCUUCUAUGGCUGAGCAAUACACCAGGCAUUUGUACAGUUGUCUGUUUAUAGUGUGCACCAGCUCUCACCAGACUGUGUAUAAUCAGAUGUGUCUUGUCUCAACCUUUCUUGUGAAUUGACCACAAUACUUUAACAUGUAUUAUUCUGUUACUGAGUGUUAACCUAUACUGUAUGUACUGUAUUGAUGGGUAUUAUGUUUUCACAUGCAGUGGAUGAGUUAAUCAUUUGAAGUGUAAUAUCCGUCUCAGUAGUGUCCUUUCUGGGACUAUUGGCAAACUUUGCCAGUGGCUACCAAAACCUCACCGUGGAUAAAUGUUCUUUGGGGAAAAAUGCCAGUCUAUGACCCUGUCACUUAUACAGAUAGAUCACACUGUUUAUUCCAACUAUGCCCCACUUCCAUAGAUUACACAAAUGGGAUGCAGUGAGAAUACCGACGGAUGGGAUACCACUGUCGGUAUGCUGACAGCCAACAUCCCGUCCAUCUGUAAAUCAUACUGAUCCCCAUACAUACUGUAGAGCAGUGGUUCUCAAACUCUGUCCUCAAGAACCCACACGGUUCACGUUUUCCAUGUCACCCAGCAGCUGCACUGUAUAUCACCAACUGCCACAUUUUAAAAAUCUACAGGUGACCUGCAAAACAUGAACCGUGUGGGGUCCUGAGGACCGAGUUUGAGAACCUGUGCUGUAGAGUGUUCAUUACAAUCUUUCUUGUCCAGUUCAUCCAUGGAGCAGGACAGAAUUUGUCCCCCAAAAAAUCCACUCAUUCUCUAAAUGAGUGGUUUCCUAAAGCCAUUGUGGGUGAUAAAAUUCAAGUAGAAAUUAAAAAUAUUUGCGUGAUAAUGAUCUGCUUGCUGUAGGUUGUGAGAAUGUUACAAGUCCCGACUAUUGAACAUAUCAGAGCUUACAGCCACUACGCUUUACCGUUUGUCCAUGAACCCACAGGUAAUCUUCAAUACUUAGCGCGGUAACCAAUUAUAAUAUAACAAAUCAAUCAUUUGUAGCAAUGCUAUAACAACCGAACAGCAUAAACACUCUUUCUACAUAUUAAACCAAUUUUGCACAUCUGACACACACCACAUUAUUUGGUUGUUGAGUUAGAUGGCGGCAUAUAGAUAACCUGAUAUUGUACAUACGUUUAUUCCACCUCCUGCCAACACUAAUGAAUCAUGUCUCAUAUUAGACAGCAAACCUGGUACUGAACUCAUUUCCAGCAGAGGUUAGUAGUCAGGUGGCUCCGUGCUUUGUUUGGUACUAAAGUCCCAGUCACCGGUCACCUUAAAGUAGUUUUUUUUUUUUGUUUUUUGUUUUUUUACAGCCUGUCUAAAUUGUUUUAUUGCUCAUAUUACUUUGCUAUUAUGGUGUUGCACCAGUGUUUCUAUGAUGAUAUUGGGGCAUAUGUAUCAUAGCUUGGAGAGAGAGGAAGUAUCAGCCAAUCAGCUUCUGUCACUUGUAUUUGAAAAAAUGACAGGAGCUGAUCGGUUAUUACUUUAUUUCUCUCCACUUUAUCCAUAGUUACCUACUUUUCAAGUCUCCUCUCUGGGAGAAACCCAGAGAGGAGACACUGCACGGCACAUUGGGGGGCGGAGCUGAACCAUUGCAUCAUUAGGCCCCGCCCCCAUACAGUAAAACACUCGCGAUUUGCAUGUCCACGGCAAAAGGUUGGCGCUACAGGCAGAAAACCCCCGCGAUUCACGAGUCUGUGACAAGGGGCUGAGCACAAUUACGUAAUGCUAGUCAUUUAGCCCCGCCUCCUCCCUGCGGCUCGCGACUGCUGGUGGCAAUUAUCAUACCAUCCUGCCAGAAUCACUAAGAAGUGGGCAGGACGUGGAAGAGCCGCCUACUCUUCUGGGGCUGCGGAGACUACCCAAAACUUUGUUAGUCUCCCGCAGCUUCCAGAAGGGUAGGCAAGUAUGCUAUAUCGUUCUCCAAGCUUUAAUACACAUGCCCCAUUGUGUUUAAAGUGUACCUUUCACAAAAACACUGCAGUUGUUUUCUUAGCUAAAUUAAUAUUCAUGAGAACAUACGUAUAUACAGUCAAUUCUCCAGGAACCAAAUGGGGCCAUGUAGGACUUCCGUGCGGUCGCUAGAUUCUAAUAAAUUGAAGGUGAACACUCUUUAUAGCUGAAUAUUACACGGGAGAUUUUCAUGUAAAAGUGUUAAUCUCGUCUAAUUCUAUUUUCUCAACACGUUGAAAUGCAGACAUGUCUGUUUUACAUGUUUCUCAAAAGAGGUUUACUUAUUGAAGUUUGUGCAUAGAUUGUUACAAUGUAAUAGAACAAUUGUUAUUCAUAAGAAUUAUAUGAUUUCAGUGUUUUUCAGUGUAUGUUUUUGUCUUCACUGAAAGGAUAAUUUAUGUACUGUAGUUUACAGAAUCAAAAGUCAGGUUUGCUGUUUUGAAAUAAACAAAACAAUUGGAAA